ACAAGACCCUCCCACAUUCGUGUCAAGAAAAAAUGGCGUCGAGAAUACUGCGGGUCCCUGUACUCAGGAUUUUUAACCAAAAUUCAGGCAGGCUGGCUCGUAAUGGCGUGAAAACACCAAACAUAUCGAGGGGAACGCAAAGCCGAACUGCAGUGUCAACAUCAUCGGGUGGUAUCCUUCCCAAACCGGAAAAAACACCCUUCGGUCUUAUCCGAAUGACGGCAGUGGUGGUGCCUUUCCUGUAUGUGGGAACUCUGAUAAGCAAGAACUUUGCUGCUCUUCUGGAGGAACAUGACAUAUUUGUCCCUGAAGAUGAUGACGAUGAUGACUAAACCUGGAUAGCAAAUGGUCCUUUGCAUUAUUGACUGAAACCAGCCUACACAAUGCAAGACAGGACUAAAUGCAUCCCCCUACCUCUAGUCAUCUGUCCUUCGCGCUACUGCAUCAUACUUUAAAUUAACUUACAAUGGAAUACGUGAUCAUCAAAAGAUAUGCAUAUCGCUGUAAUGUACUGUAUUUGAUUAUGUUGUUUGCAUGUGUUUGUCUCUGUCAACUCAAUAAAUGAGUUGCCUCAAACAUUCAAA